AAAAUAAUCUUUAAUGAAAGAAUUUCAUAUCAGGUGAAAUUAAUUUAUGAUCUUUGAGGUAGACCCGUAUUAUCUGACCUAUGAAAAAAUCCCUGCUUAUCCACGCACGAUUUGGAACUUCUGAAAACACGCUGAAAUAGAUUUUUUUUUUUUGGGUAUAAUAUUGAUUGUAGUAGUAUUUAUUUUAUCUUCUGAUAUUAUAUUUCCAAUUUUGCUGUCAAAACAUUAUUAGCGAUCAAUUUGAAAUUGAUACAGAGCUGAGAGCAUCAAGGAAUCGAAGAAUAGAAGAUUCAUUUUUUUUUUCUUUUUGAUAUGGAAGCUGAUGUUUCUAUUAUUUUUGUUGCGUUUUCAAAACCCUAAAUUGGAGAAAUCCCAAUUUCUCCUUCUGUCUUUCUGCUUUGGAUGUUUUUCAACCAAAAAAUUGUGCUUUUCAAAUCUUUUGCUCUGAUGGGUACUUCAAAUCUUCUCUUGUUUUUCUCUCUGAUGAGCCUGUGUGCUAUGGCGGCUUCCAAGGUGGUGCUUAUUGGGAAUAAUAUCACUCUCUCCUUUGAUGAUAUUGAAGCUAAUUUUGCCCCAGCAGUCAAAGGUUCUGGAAAAUAUGGGGUCUUAUAUUUGGCAGAACCACUGGAUGCGUGUGCAGAAUUGACAAAUAAAGUUGAACAACUUCCCAAUGCGAGUUCACCUUUUGCUUUGGUGGUUAGAGGGGGAUGUAGCUUUGAGGAAAAAGUCAGAAUAGCACAAAAGGCUGGCUUCAAAGCUGUAAUUGUCUAUGACAAUGAAGAGGGUGGCAUCUUGGUUGCGAUGGCAGGAAAUUCUGCUGGUAUAAGAAUACACGCUGUAUUUGUAUCUAAAGCUUCGGGUGAAAUACUAAAGAAAUAUGCUGGGUUGACUAAUGUGGAAAUAUGGCUCAUUCCAACUUUUGAAAACUCAGCAUGGUCUAUCAUGGCAAUUUCAUUUAUUUCCCUGCUAGCUAUGUCUGCUGUCCUGGCCACUUGUUUCUUCGUCCGCAAGCAUCGCAUAAGAAGAGAAAGGCCUCGAGCUUCUCUUGUUCGUGAAUUUCAUGGUAUGAGUAGUCGCCUAGUGAAAGCAAUGCCGAGUUUGGUAUUUACUUCUGUUUUGGAAGAUAACUGUACAUCAAGAACAUGUGCUAUAUGCCUUGAAGACUAUUGUGUUGGUGAGAAGCUCAGGAUUCUGCCCUGCUGUCACAAGUUUCAUGCUGCCUGUGUGGAUUCGUGGCUUACUUCAUGGAGAACCUUUUGUCCAGUUUGCAAGCGUGAUGCUAGAACCGGCUUAACUGAUCCACCACCUUCAGAGUCCACACCCUUGCUCUCAUCAACCCCAGCAUCUAUGGCAUCCUCUGUCUUAUCUUCUGCAAGAUCAUCACUAGCUUCAUCUUCAGCAAUACAAAUUGCCCGGACAGCAUCUAUGGCAUCCUCUGCCUUACCUUCUGCGAGAUCAUCUCUAGCUUCAUCUUCAGCAAUACAAAUUGCCCGGACAGCAUCUAUGGCAUCCUCUGCCUUACCUUCUGCGAGAUCAUCACUAGCUUCAUCUUCAGCAAUACAAAUUUCCCGGGCAGCUUCACAGACCCCAUCUGUUUCCCGUAACCACUCCAUAGCCAGUACACCUUAUGUUCAGCCAUCUCUUAGGUCCUCCUACCAUCAAUCCCCCUCCCUAAGCAUCAGCCGAAGCACCGUAGAUCUUAGGAAUGCAUCCCAAAGAUCUCUAGCUUCUCACUUGAAUUCACCAUGUUCCAUGGGAUACCCAUCUUUGUCAUCUCUUAACUCAAGGUACAUGUCUCCACACAUUCCAAGUCCAAGCAAUGCUUCAGUAAGCUAUAUGGGUUCAUCCAGUCAUCAACAACAUCCUCUCCGUUAUAGUGAGUCGGCUGCAAGCUUCUCCCCAUUUGCAUCGACACACUCCCUUCCAGAAUGUUAAAUUGUUCAAUUGAUUAUAUCAUAUGAUUGAGACGUCCACGCAGUUGAACAAGUAAUUGCCAAGUCUUGAACUAAAAGGUGGCCAUGUGAUGACCGGUGGUCUAGUUGAAUAGUCCUAUGUGAUGCUUGGGGCAUUCCCCACCUCUGUCAUUUGACUUCCGUCUUGGCACCUGGUGUACAUUGUAGCUUCUCUCUGGUGUUACUUUCGUUUACAUGUGCUGGUUGAGGUUCUUACAUUUAUAGGUUGGCGAGCUUGCAUACAGUAACUUGUGCGUAUUGUUUGUACUUUGAAUGUUGACGUUUUCAUGGCCUUGAUGUCCAAGUAUAGUCAACUGCUAACAAGAGAAAUGUUGGGCUGUAUUGACACUAGACACAUUGAAGUAAGAAGAGUUCUUUAUGCUCUGUCUAGUGGAUUUGUCCAACUGAAUCAUGAGAGAUCAUGUGAUGUAUCACUCUAGUGUUAUCUAUACUUGAUCAUCUAAUUGCAACUCUGAGUAUCAAUAAUACUUGUAAAAUUUUCGUAGCUUGCAUUGCUAAUAGAUAAUGCUGGUAAGUGUUAUCAGUUUUAAA